UCUAUUAUCAUCUUUCUUCUUAUAUGUGAAAGAGAAAACAAUACAUACGAAGUUUCUUUUCUCUUUCUAAAUUCUCGACAUUCUUCGAACGACAUGAGUAGUCUAGUACUUACUACGUCUAUGGUUGUAUUCCCUGUCAUAUUAUUUAACAACAUUAUGAAUGUUAUAUUAUUUUUUACUAACCUUUAGAGGGCCGGUCUAGCACUAUAGUGAAAUCUGAAUUUGCACGAUAACUUUAUACAAGACGUACGUUAUAUAUAUGUAUACAAACAAGUUUUGGGUAUCAAGUAUAUAAGAUUUCAAGAAAACAAUACCGACCCUCUAAAGAUUAAAUUACGUAUUACUGUGCAAUGACACGUACGUGUAUAUGCUGCAAACAACAGAUCAACGAACUGGUGUCAGACAUAUCACUUUUUGCGUUUCCAAGAGAUAAGGAAUUAAGAAAGAAAUGGUUGGCUGCGAUUAAUAAGAAAUUUUGUGGAUCAUUGCGGAUAUGUUCUCGUCACUUCAGAGAAGAGGAUUUUAGACACAGCCUAAUCGGAGGCAAACGAUAUUUAAAGAAAGGAAUUGUACCAUCUCUUCAUUUAAAUCAGACAAAGAAUGAUCAAUUUCCCGACAGUCAAGAUGCAGCAAUCAAGGAAAACCAAUUGAUAGACACUGUAAAUAAAUAUACUAUGGAAACUACUGAAACAAAAUCAUUAAGUAUUGAGGAAUCUGGAAUAGAAUCUGAAGAAGAUGCCCAAUUAUCGCACAUUAUUGAAAGAGAUAAAGAAGUAUCUGUUGGAAAUAAGUGUACAAAUAUUCAAUUUAUAUCUCAGGACUAUUAUAGCAAAUCAUCAAUGUCUGAAAAGAUACUGCCUUCUUCAUCAAGUUCCAAUGAGCCAGUCAAAAAACACAAGAGAUAUCUGUAUGAUAUUCAAUGGGAAGAAGUAUCUUCUUCGCCGGUGCAAGCUAGAAUUUAUUGGGAAGUAGUGAUCGAAAAAAUUAUGCAACAAAAAGACAUUAUAAAAACUUUGCGACCAAAAGUUAAGAGAUUACAAAAGAAAAUUCUAGAGCUACAAAGUCAGAUCAAAAAUGUGAAUUCUAAUAAGAGAAGUAAAAAAUUGUAAAACUAUAAUAAAUUUUGAUUGUAAAAGAA